AUGGCUGCUGAGAACAUUACUGAAAAAGUCGUAGAAAAAGUUGAAUUGGCUGCUGAAGUUGGCGUCAAAGCAGCUAAUAUCGUCGCUAACGCUUUUGAAAAAACGAUCGCUGACACAGAUCAUUCAUCGGGUGCCGAAGAAGACACACUAUGGAAUUAUUUCACUUCAUUUGGUAUACACAUUGCCAUGGUCAUCAUUGUUCUUCUUCUCAAAUGGCAAUACGAUCGUAAUCGAUACCGUUACCCAAAAGGGCCACGUGAUUGGAGAAAUAUAAAAGAUGCGAUUUCAUUUCAUCGAAAAAAACGCGAAAAUUUACUUGUUUUAGCAAAUGAUUAUCCAGAUAUAUGUACAGUUAUGACUCACUCGGGUCGUUUGGUUUUAUUGAAUGAUGUGACGCUUAUUAACGAAAUAUUCAUCGGACGUGCCGAUUUAGUCAGUAAUAAAGUCGAUGGUUAUUUAGAGAAUCAACUACGUUACAAAGAUGGAAAACAUAUUCGAACAGGCAUCGUUUUUCGUCAUCAAGAUCAUAAUUCGAGAAUUAUUCACAAGGCUCUUGUUCAUCAUAUCGAUGCUAAUCUUGUUGGAAAACGACUUGACUCAGCUGUUCAAGAACAAUUGAAAAACAUGCGUGUUUCGGAAAAUUUCGACGUUCGCCGCACAACAUUUUACUUUGCUACUCGUCUUUUAACAUCUCUUUCAUGCUCAUCUAUUACUGUUUCGAAUGAAGACAAAACCUUCGAAUUAUUUCAACAGAAUUUAUAUAAAAUUUCGAAAGCUAUUCAUGCAGAUACAUUUGAAAAAUCCGCGAAGACGAUUCUAACACAGCUGACCGGUCUUUCGGAAACAUUAGAUAUUAAUGAGAAUGUCUUAGACUAUAUUAAAACAUGGACAGAACAUCGACGAGGUGAAAUCAAUCGACCUGAGAAUGCCGGUGACGAACAAACAGUAACAUCAACAACAAAAAUCGGCAAUGACUUUCUCGAUUCACUUUUGGCUGUUAUCGAUGAAUCAUCGCCACGUUUCGAUGAGGAUGACAUGGCUGCUUGUAUUCUUGACAUCAUUAUGCAUGGAAGUGAAAUGCUUAAAGGUGCUCUUUCGUGGCUAUUACUUUACGUUGUGAAAUAUCCAGAAGAAGCCGAUACUUGCCGACGAGAAGCUCGGGAUAAGAAUUAUUAUCAAUUCAAUCUUUCAUCAGCUGAAUCUCUUACUCAUACACAAGCAUUUGUCAAAGAAGUUUUACGUCUUUCGCCUGUUGUACCAGUUGUUAUUCAUUCAACAUUACAAGAUUUCAAAUGGCGCAAAUUUCACAUUCAAAAACGUACUCAAUUCGGUGCUAAUAUUGUUGCUCUACAUCAUUCGGCUGCUUGGAAAGAGCCGAACACAUUUGAUGUUGCACGCUGGCUCGGCGAGAAUGCAUCAGCCAUACCAACGAAUUCUUAUUCACCCUUUGGCUUCGGACCGCGUGCUUGUGUCGCUGAAAAAUAUCUAUUUAAUUUACUUACUGGCAUCCUCGGCGUCUUGUUGUAUCAUAAUGAUUUCGAAAAGACUGGCGCAUUACCUGAACCAACCGAAGGAACAUUUGGUUUAGCUAAUUUGCCACCGAAAUUCUCUCUCAAAGCAACACCACUUAGUACACGUUCAUAG